GUAGACUACCCUAUGUCGAUUCCACAGUCUAAUUAUAGCCAACGCCUAAUUAACAUUCUUUAAUUUCGUGGUUAAAAUAAAUAGUUUCCUGUAUUUUUGUGGCUUCCUCCGGAUAGCUUAAGAUGCAAAUCAUUGUGCGCUUGGUGUGCGUAAAGUGCACACUUUUACGCACGGAAGGAGCGACCUUGCAAUCCGCCUAUAGAUUUCAUAAGACGUCGCAGAGAAAGCGGAAGAACUUUACACUCCCGCAGGACACUCCGGCCAUGGGUGAAUUCAAAGGACAUUUGAACAUUGCCAUGCGUUCCUGGAAAUCUGUGUCUCACUUUGCUCAUUAAGAUGCUCAUAUGGCAACAAGUAUUCCGUGAUAGAGUUUAGUUGAGUCUUGCUACUGGACAAAGUCGAGCUCAAUUUGUGCCAACGUGGAGCAUCGCGCGGACAGCCUGUAGUGCAAUAAAUAAGUGUGAGGAAAGCAAAGAUUCAGAGGGCGAGGAGACUAUAGCUCCAACUUUCAGAUUGACAGCAUUUAAUAAAUCAUAAUGGCUCCACAUCCCGUAAUCCAGGCAAUCAUCGACUUUUCUGCUGGAGCAAUAGGUGGAACAGCUUGUGUGCUGAGUGGUCAGCCCUUUGACACCACGAAGGUGAAGAUGCAGACGUUCCCCACCAUGUACCGCGGCUUCAUCCACUGCUUUACAUCCACCUUCAGGCAGGUGGGACUACGUGGUCUCUACAAAGGCUCGAGCCCGGCCCUCAUAGCCAACAUCAGUGAGAAUGCUGUGCUCUUCUUGAGUUAUGGUCUCUGCCAGGAUGCCAUCCGCUUUGUGUCCAGGAUGGAUAAAGGAGCAGGUCUCAGUGAUAUUCAGAAGGCAUCCGCAGGGUCUCUAGCCUCCAUCUUCUCCUCCAUGGCGAUAUGCCCCACCGAGCUGGUGAAAUGUCGCCUGCAGGCCAUGCACGAAAUGGAAGCAUCUGGCAGGAUCGCAAGCGGACAGAGAAGCACAGUGUGGGCCGUAGUGAAGACAGUGUUGAAGACAGACGGCCCCCUGGGUUUCUACCAUGGCCUGACAUCCACCAUGGUGAGGGAGAUACCAGGUUACUUCUGCUUCUUUGGAGCCUAUGAAAUGUGUCGGUCUAAAUUUGCGCAGCACAUGGGCACGGAAAAGGACAGUAUAGGUGUUCUUCCACUCAUGUUCAGCGGUGGAUUUGGGGGAGCUUGUCUGUGGUUGAUAGUCUAUCCCAUAGACUGUGUGAAGUCCAGGAUCCAGGUGUACUCUCUAGCUGGGAGACAAGAGGGCUUCAUGAAGACCUUCAUGGGCAUCAUACGCACUGAAGGGUUCACUGCUCUGUACUCGGGCCUGACUCCUACCAUGAUACGCACCUUCCCUGCCAAUGGAGCCCUCUUCCUGGCUUAUGAGGUCAGCCGCAAGUUCAUGAUGAAGACAGCUGGUGAAUGAUGUGGAGGAUCUUUACAACUGAAGAAAGUAUGGUGCCGAAACACUGCCUUGUCCCCUUGUAUUUUUAAAAUGAGAUGACCAAACGUUUUUAUUGUGUCCUGUUUGAUUAUGAGCUAAAUGAUUUUUAUUUAUUUUUUUCUGUCUACUCUACUGGCCACUGUGAGGAAUGUGUAAAUGUAAUUAAAACCAUUACACCCUCUGACGCUGAGAGGAUUGUCAUAACUGUGGAGGAGGUCAGGGGUACUUUCCAGCGCAACAACCCAAAGAAGGCAUUAGGGCCUGACCACAGCAGUGCACAUAUACUAAAAUCUUUUGACUGGGAAUUAGCACCCUGUGUGGCAAUCCAUCUUUCAGUUGUCAGUUGACACACACACCAUCCCUUUAGCGUGGAAAACAUCUCACAUUAGGCCCCAAAAAACAAUGUCCCAAAGAAUAUAAUGAUUUUGGGGUUGAACGCGUUUCUUUGCAUCGCGGUGCAUUUCACUGCCAGAACGGUAGGGGGUGUGUGGUUUCUGGAGGGUCAAUUCUCAUUAUUAACACUGUGAAGACAGAGGAAAUUAUCUUUGGAAAACCUCCGAAUUGUCAACUGCCCCCAGUGAUGAUUCACAUUUCAGUAAUCAGUCAAGUCUCCAGUCUACAAAUAUCUGGGCGUCAUGAUAGACAGAAAUCUCUCAGGGACCUCUCAUAUAGAAUUUAUCUGCAAAAAAAUUACAACAGUGUUUAUUUUCUCCGUAGAUUGAGAUCCUUUGGAGCUAGUAGCCAAAUCAUUUCUUUGUUUCUCACAUCAGUAAUUCCGAGUGUCAUGCUCUAUUGUAGCACUGCUUGGCUGAGUAGCCUAUCAGUUCAAAAUAAAACAAAGCUAUUUGAUCAAAUUAAAAUGUGUUGAUAGAUUAUAGGACACUCCUUUCAGGAAGCUCACAAUAAUAGUAUGCUCAGACUGGCCAGGAACAUUUCAAAUGACUCUGACAUGUUUUGCACAGUGAAUAUCAGCUUCUGCCUUCAAACAGACGCUUUAGAGUUCAUUAUUUCAACAACAACAGACUUAAAAACUCUUUAAUACAUCAAUCUAUCCUAUCAUUAAACCAGCUACAUUAAAUCCAGUGCAAUAUUUAUUCAGGGUUAUAAGUCUCCAAGACCUUGUCUAUGUGUAUGUUCAUGUCAUUUUCCUUUGUUAUACAAAUAUACUUUGUUUCCUUA